UUAUUCAGUCUUCAAUAUGUUGUCACCGCAGAUGAACGCGAGUAGGCAGAUCCCCCCUAAGAUCCGCCAGCUGUAUAGAUGUUUGGCCACAAAGGCUUCUGUGGGUCUCGGGGAGGCCAGACCCUAUGCCGACAUUCCAGGUCCCACCAAAUUUCAGCUGGCACGAGCUUUCCUGCCGGGCGGUCGCUAUAGGGGUCUGCCGGUGCACGAAAUGUUCCUCGAUCUGAACCGACAGUAUGGCAGCAUCUUCCGGAUGCCCAGUAUUGCCGGGGUGGACAUGGUGCUCACCAUGAACCCCCAGGACUACGAGAUCAUCUUCCGAAACGAGGGUCAGUUCCCCUACCGAAGAAGCUUCCAGGUGAUGGACUACUUCAAAAGAGUGCACAGGCGGGAUGUGUUCGAGGGCCACGAUGGACUGACCUCGGGAAAUGGCCCAGAGUGGGGAAAAAUGAGAACUGCCGUGAAUCCAAUUCUGCUCCAGCCCCGGAACGCCAAGCUGUAUAUGAGCAACCUCCUUCAGGUCAGUGACGAAUUUCUGGAGCGCAUCCGUUCUGCCCGAGACCCGACCACCCAGGAGAUGCCCGAUGACUUCGUCGAGGACAUUCGGAACUUGGUGAUUGAAUCUAUAUGCUCAGUAGCCCUGAACGCCCACCUCGGCUUGCUGCGAGAAAACAGGGACAACCAGGACAUCGUCUCCCUGAAAUGCGCCUUGAAGGAUGUGGUGGAACUGGGCUUCCAGCUGGACAUGAUGCCGGCCCUUUGGAAGUACCUGCCUGUGCCAAGUUUCAAGAAACUAAUGGCAGCCCUCGACACCAUCACAGACUUCUGUUGCCACCACAUCGAGCUGGCGCUUAGGAGGGUCGAGGACGACGCCAAGGCGGGAAGGCAGGCGGCACUUGGCUUGGAGACGAGUAUACUGGAGAAGCUGGCCAAGUUUGAUCGCCAGACCGCCGUCAUCAUUGCCAUCGACCUGCUUUCUGCUGGGGCGGAUCCGACCCUAGUUUCCCUCGGAGGCACGCUGUUGAGUUUGGCCAAGAACCCCAGCAAGCAGGAUCGAUUGCUGGAGGAGAUCCGGGGCAUCCUGCCGGACAAGGACUCGCCCCUGACUAUGGAGAACAUGAAGAGCCUACCCUAUCUGAGGGCCUGCAUCAAGGAGGGCAUCCGGCUGUACCCCAUCGGACCUGGGACCCUUCGGCGCAUGCCCCACGACGUGGUGCUAAGUGGCUACCGAGUGGUGGCGGGAACGGACGUGGGCAUCGCCGCCAACUAUCAGAUGGCCAAUAUGGAGCAGUUCGUCCCGCAGGUGCGGGAAUUCAUCCCAGAGCGGUGGCUGCGGGACGAGACUAACUCGCACCUGGUGGGCGAAACAGCCACGCCCUUCAUGUACCUGCCCUUCGGCUUCGGACCGCGCUCCUGCGCCGGCAAGCGCAUCGUGGACAUGAUGAUGGAGAUAGCCAUUGCCCGGCUCGUGAGGAACUUCCGGAUCGGAUUCGACUCCAUCGAGAAUGCCUUCAAGACCCAGUUCUUUGUCCAGCCGAAUAUUCCAUUCAAGUUUAAAUUUGUGGAGCGAGACGAUUGAUAUUGUUAAACUUAAAAAAUAAACUGCUUGUAAAUUAUUUAUCAAAAGUCAAUAAAAAACUUACUGCAACAUUA